UAUUAUUUAUAAAGAAUGAAUUCAGUUUGCCCUAUUUUAAAUGAUGGAACACAGAAUAUAGAAUGGAUCUAUAACAUAUUUGGACAGUGUGUUUAUGGAUGGCAAGAAUCCAUUAGUGUCCUAUUGGGAUACCUAUCCAUUUUUUGUUGGCUCAAUGCACAAAUGCCUCAAGUGAUAAAAAACUAUAAGCUGCGUGAUGCUGAGGGACUUAGCUUUAGCUUCCUCACUGUUUGGCUUAUUGGAGAUGUUGCCAAUUUUAUUGGAUGCGUUAUCACAGGUCAAUUGCCAUUUCAGCUCUACUUAUCCAUUUACUAUACCAUCAUUGAUACUAUCCUCUGCGGCCAGUGGUUAUACUAUGUUAAAUAUACCGACAAUCGUCUUAGACGCUGGUUUGAUCAAACAGAUGAACCCAAGCUGAAUAUAUAUCCAACUUUUAGCCAAGGCAUUGCCAGAAAAGAAAAUUUGAAUGAAACCAGUUCUCUGUUGUCAUCCACAUCCAAGCAAAAGAAUUAUGUCACCAUGAUGGUUCUGGCUGGAUUUUACUAUACCUUAAACGAUAACAACAAGAGCAGCUUUGUCACUCAGAAUGAAGACUCGUUUAUUUUCACUCAGGACAAUACUAUCUGGAUUGGUAGAUUCUUUGCUUGGCUAUGUACCUUUCUCUAUUUAUCAUCAAGGAUACCACAAAUUUAUCAAAAUUUUCGUCGUCGAUCUGUUGAAGGAUUAUCCAUGGCUCUCUUCUUUUUUGCUGCCAUGGGAAAUUUAACUUAUGUUCUCAGUAUCUUUACGAACCCACAUAAAACUCGUGCAACCAUGUUAGAAGCUGUACCAUAUAUUAUCGGAAGUGCUGGUACUCUCAUGUUUGAUGCAACCAUCUUUUGUCAAUACGCUUUGUUUAGUCAAGCCAACAAAAGAAAUCAACCAUUAGAGAUUGAUGUAUAAAACGAUUUCUUGUAAAUAUUAUAAAUAGACAUUGAUACCCCCCUCCUCUUCCUCCUUUUUGCAAGACAUAUAUUCCCCUUUUUUUAAAUUAAACAUUAUUUAAUAAAAACUCACUACAAAAAAAUUAGCAAAAAAGAAACCAGAAAGGAACUUAUCUUCGAACAGAACCACUAUUUCGCUGAUGGUAUAAAGUUUCCAAUUCUGCUUCAAGUG